AUUUAAGUGCAUAAAUUUUACAUUGUAGUACUUUUCCGACUAAUGGGAGGUAAUGGCAGGGAAUUUCAACAUUUUACUUUACACCGAGCAACUCGUGGCGACUACAACGAACUUGUUUCUUUUGCGAUUGAGACCAAGAAAGUAGUCUCUGUGAUAAAAUGCUCUGCUUCCUGCUUAACAAAUAAAUAUUGUGCUUCGUUAGUUUUCGAUUCGGAUUCCAAUCAAUGUUAUUUGCUGUCACGAGGAAUCUCCCUGAAUGAUCCAUCAAAAUCUUAUCUUUCAACAAACUUAAUAGCUUAUACACAGGAUAUUCCUAAGUGCUCUGUGGGAUAUGAAGAAUCGCCCUUUGUUCCGGAUACCUGUUUCAAGGCACACCACGACCAAAAAAACAAGAAAGAUGCAGAGGAAGAAUGUAAAAAGGAUAAUGGAUUCCUUGUACAGAUUGAUUCAGUAGCGAAACAUUAUGCAGUGAUACAAUUUAUGCAAAGCAUUACCGGAAGUGCAGGACUCCUUUUCUUUAUUGACGGAAGUGACGAAAUUGCUGAAGACGACUGGCGUCUCAGUGACGGAAGGCCUUUAUACAUACAAUGGCAUAUCGGUGAACCUGCUCUUUGCUGCAAACACUUCGAAGAUUGCAUGAUAUUACUUGGGAAUGGCUAUAACAACGAUGUUGACUGCACGUCAAAGUCAGGAUUCCUGUGUGAACAACGUUUUCAAAUUAUCUAGGCUCUCUCUAAUAACAUUCUGCUUC